AUGGGCCUUCCACCCGCCCGCCGGGCCGCGCAGCCGCUGCUCCCGCUACUGCUGCUGCUGCUGCUGCUGCCGCCGCCCGCACCGGGACCCGCCACCGGCAUCGCCAUCGCCACCGGCAUCGGCUCCGCUGCCGGCAUCGCCGCCGACACCGGCAUCGCCACCGGGACCGGCAUCAACUCCGCCACUGGGACUGGCAUCGGCUUCACCACUGGGACCGGCACCGGCAGCCGGAGCGGCACCGGGAUCCGCCCCCGCCUUCCCGACGCACUCCCGGCGCCGCUUCAGGCUCACCGCGGCGGCACCGGGGACAGCGGCGGCACCGGGGACAGUGGCGGCUCCGCGCGGCCCCCACCGAGCGAUGGGACCGCACCGGGCCCCGGCAGGCACGGCGGCGGCGUUUGGGGGUCCCGAGGCACCGGCGGCACCGCGGGCGUCAGAGGCACCGCGAGCACCGGCGUCACUGGAGCCACGAGGAGCGCUGGAGACAUCAGGAGCCUUGGAGGCGCUGGGGAUGCUGGAGGCACUGGGGACGCUGGAGGCGUCAGGGAUGCUCCUGGAGGCACCGGGGAUACCGGAGGCGCAGGGGAUACUGGAGGAACUGGAGACACCGGGAGCACCCAUGUCCUCAGGGACAGCGGGAGCGCCGCGGAUACCGGACACACUGGGAACACUGGCGUCCUCUCGGACAGCAAGAGCGCUGGGGCCAUGCUGAGCUCUGGGGGAGCUGGGGGCACUGGGGGCACCCCAGUCCUCAGGGACAUCAGGGAUACUGGAUGCACUGGGGAGACUGGGAGAGACACUGGAAGCACCGGGAGAGUUCCCAGGAGCAGCAGAGACACUGGACGUAAUGAGGAGACUGGGAAAGUCCUCAGGGACACUGAGAGCACCAGAGAAGUACCCAGGGACACCAGGAACUCUGGGAAUACUGGGCAUGCUGGGGGCACCAACAUCCCCAGGGGCACUGAGAGCACCAGCAAAGUCCCCAGGGACACUGGGAAUACUGGACACACUGGGGGCACCAACAUCCCCAGGGGCACUGAGAGCACCAACAAAGUCCCCAGGGGCACUGGGAAUGCUGGACACGCAGGUGGCACCAACAUCCCCAGGGACACUGAGAGCACCAGCAAAGUCCCCAGGGACACUGGGAAUACUGGACGUGCUGGGGGCAACAACAUCCCCAGGAACACCAGGAACACUGGGAAUACCAGACAUGCUGGGGACACCAGUGGCACAGGGGACACGAUGAGCUCCAGGGCGGUUGAGGACCCCCAGAUCAGGGCAGCCCCCAGACCCCCCGUGCUCCGCCCCCGCCGGAGCCCCAAUACAGCGCCGCAGUUCCAGCCCUCCAGCUAUCAGGCCAUGGUGGAGGAGAACCGGCCCGCAGGGACGCUGGUGACACGGGUGACGGCACAGGACCCUGAUGAGGGCGAGGCAGGGCAGCUGCUCUACGCCAUGGCCGCACUCUUUGACAGUCGCUCUGACGCCCUGUUCGCCAUGGACCCCGUGACAGGCACCGUCACCACGGCGGCGCCACUGGACCGUGAGAGCAAGAGUACCCAUGUGUUCCGCGUGACGGCGGCCGACCACGGCGCGCCCCGGCGCAGCGCCAUGGCCACGCUCACCGUCACUGUAGGCGACGCCAAUGACCACGACCCGUCCUUUGAGCAGCCUGAGUACCGUGAGAGCGUGCGGGAGAACCUGGAGGUGGGCUAUGAGGUGCUGACCGUGCGAGCCACUGAUGGCGACACCGGGCCCAACGCCAACGUGCUCUACCGGCUCCUCAAUGCCGGCAACGCCAACGAGGUGUUCGAGAUCGACCCCCGCUCCGGCGUCAUCCGCACACGUGGCCCCGUGGACCGGGAAGUGGUGGACGCCUUCGAGCUGCUGGUGGAGGCGGCGGACCAGGGCCAGGAGCCCCGCAGUGCCACGGCCACCGUGCGCAUCGUGGUGGAGGACGACAACGACAAUGCGCCGCAGUUCAGCGAGCGGCGCUACGUGGCACAGGUGCCCGAGGAUGUGGUGCCCAAUGCAGCCGUGCUGCGGGUGACGGCCACUGACCGCGACAAGGGCAGCAAUGCCCUGGUGCACUACAGCAUCGUCAGCGGCAACACCCGUGGCCACUUCUACAUUGAUGCCCAGACGGGCGCCCUGGACGUCAUCACCCCCCUGGACUUCGAGGUCACCAAGGAGUUCACGCUGCGCAUCCGGGCACAGGAUGGCGGCCGCCCGCCCCUCUCCAACAUCAGUGGGUUGGUCACUGUGCAGGUGCUGGACGUCAACGACAACGCCCCCAUCUUCGUCAGCACGCCCUUCCAGGCCACCGUGCUGGAGAACGUCCCUGUGGGCUACUCUGUGAUCCACGUGCAGGCCAUCGACGCCGACUCAGGGGACAAUGGCCGGUUGGUUUACACACUGCUGGAGACCAGCGCCGGCUUCCCCUUCACCAUCAACAAUGGCACCGGCUGGAUUGUGGUGGCCUCCGAGCUGGACCGGGAGGCCAUGGACUUCUACAGCUUCGGCGUGGAGGCGCAGGACCAGGGGACACCCCCCAUGGCCUCCACGGCCAGCGUCAGUGUCACCAUCCUGGAUGUCAAUGACAACAGCCCUGAGUUCACCCAGAGGGAAUACGGUGCCCGCCUCAACGAGGACGCAACAGUGGGGACGAGUGUCCUCACCGUGUCUGCCGUCGACCGCGACGCCAACAGCGUCAUCACUUAUCAGAUCUCCAGCGGCAACACCCGCAACCGCUUCUCCAUCACCAGCCAGAGUGGUGGGGGGCUCAUCUCUCUCGCCCUGCCCCUGGACUACAAGCUGGAGCGACAGUACCUGCUCACUGUCGCAGCGUCCGACGGCACCCGCCAGGACACCGCCCUGGUGGUCAUCAAUGUCACUGACGCCAACACCCACCGUCCUGUCUUCCAGAGCUCCCACUACACCAUCAACAUCAACGAGGACCGGCCAGUGGGUACUACGGUGGUGGUGAUCAGUGCCACAGAUGAGGACACCGGGGAGAAUGCCCGCAUCACCUACCUGAUGGAGGACAGCAUCCCCCAGUUCCGCAUCGCCGCCAACACUGGCGCCGUCACCACCCAGAUGGAGCUGGACUACGAGGACCAGGUGUCCUACACCUUGGCCAUCACGGCGCGGGACAACGGCAUCCCCCAGAAAUCCGACACCACCUACCUGGAGAUCCUGGUGAGCGACGUCAACGACAACGCACCGCAGUUCCUCCGCCACUCCUACCAGGGCUCCGUCUACGAGGAUGUCCCUGCCUUCACCAGUGUUCUGCAGGUCUCCGCCACUGACCGCGACUCUGGGCUCAAUGGCAGGGUGUUCUACACCUUCCAGGGUGGUGAUGAUGGCGAUGGCGACUUCAUCAUCGAGUCCACCUCAGGCAUCGUCCGCACUCUGCGCCGCCUGGACCGGGAGAACGUGCCGCUCUACUCCCUGCGGGCCUUCGCUGUCGACAAGGGGGUGCCGGUGCGGCGGACACCAGUGGAGAUCCAGGUGACGGUGCUGGAUGUCAAUGACAACCCACCUGUCUUCGAGCAUGACGAGUUUGACAUCUUCGUGGAGGAGAACAGCCCCAUCGGGCUGGUGGUGGCCCGGAUCACAGCCACCGACCCCGACGAGGGCACCAACGCACAGAUCAUGUAUCAGAUUGUGGAGGGCAACAUCCCAGAGGUCUUCCAGCUGGACAUCUUCUCCGGGGAGCUCACGGCACUGGCCGACCUGGACUAUGAGGCCAAGGCCGAGUACGUCAUGGUGGUCCAGGCCACGUCGGCACCGCUGGUCAGCCGGGCCACCGUGCACGUGCGGCUGCGCGAUGCAAAUGACAACAGCCCCCAACUGAAGAACUUCGAGAUCCUCUUCAACAACUACAUCACCAACCACUCUGGGAGCUUCCCUGGUGGUGUCAUCGGCCGCAUCCCAGCCCACGACCCUGACGUGUCCGACCGCCUCACCUACGCCUUCGAGCAGGGCAACGAACUCAACCUGGUGCUGCUGGACCCCCAGAGCGGGGAGCUGCGGCUCAGCCCCGCCCUGGACAACAACCGCCCGCUGGAGGCCGUCAUGAGGGUCUCUGUGUCCGACGGUGUUCACAGCGCCAGCGCACAGUGCGUGCUGCGGGUAACGGUGAUCACGGACGAGAUGCUCAGCAACAGCAUCACCCUGCGCUUGGCUGACAUGUCACAGGAGCUCUUCCUGUCACCGCUGCUCGGCCGCUUCCUCGAGGGGGUGGCGGCCGUGCUGGGCACCCCCCGGCACCGCGUCGUGCUCUUCAACAUCCAGGCAGAUACGGACGUGGGGCCGGCGCGGAUCCUCAAUGUGAGCUUGUCGGCGCUGCUGCCGCCACCCGUGGUCUCGCGCUUCUUCUCCUCCGAGGAGCUGCAGGAGCGGCUCUACCUCAACCGCUCGCUGCUGGCGGCCACCACGGCACAGCGAGUGCUGCCCUUCGAUGACAACGUGUGCCUGCGCGAGCCCUGUGAAAACUACAUGCGCUGCGUGGCCGUGCUGCGCUUCGACAGCUCCGCGCCCUUCCUGGCCUCCGACACCAUCCUGUUCCGGCCCAUCCGGCCUGUGCCAGGGCUGCGCUGCCGCUGCCCGCCUGGCUUCACCGGCGACUACUGCGAGACCGAGAUCGACCUGUGCUACUCCAGCCCCUGCGGUGCCCACGGGCGCUGCCGCAGCCACGAGGGCGGCUACACCUGCGAGUGCCACGAGGACUUCACCGGUGAGCAGCGCCAGCCCAGGGGCCUCAGGGUGCCCGGGCUGGGUGCGGGGGUGGUGUCGGGGCUGGGCACGGCCCCACGCGUGUUUCCCGCAGAGAUGGCGGCCCCGCAGCGGUUCGUGGGCAGCAGCCGCGUGGCGUGGGCGGGGCUGGCGCUGCCCCUCGCCCUGCCCUGGCACCUCCGGCUCAUGUUCCGCACCCGCCACCCACGGGGGGUCCUGCUGAGGGCGGGGGCGGGGGGGCGCCUCAGCCUCACCCUGCAGCUGAGCGAGGGGCAGCUGGAGGUGGGGGCCUGGCAGGGGGGUGCCCGCCUGGCCGUGUUGCGCCUGCCCCAAGCCAAGGUAGACGACGGUGCCUGGCACCACGCAGAGCUGGAGCUGCGGGGGGGCGGGCCCGGCCGCGACCCCCCCGCCACCCUCCUCCUCCUCACCCUCGACUACGGCCGACACCAGGCGGUGGGCGACGUGCCCGGGGAGCUGCAGGGGCUGCGGCUGCGGACCCUCAGCCUUGGGGGGCUGCCCGGGGAAGGGGGAACUGUGGAGGAGGGAUUCCGGGGGUGCCUGCAGGGGCUGCGCAUGGGGGACACGUCUGUGACGGUGGGUGCCCUGAGCCUGGCACAGGCUGCCCAGGUGAACGUGGAGGGGGGCUGUGCCCUGCCCGACCCCUGCGACUCGGGGCCCUGCCCCCCCCCCCCCCCCUGCCGCCCCGGGGGCCACAGCCCCCCCCCCCCGUGCCACCCUGGGUACUUUGGGGACAACUGUGUCAGCGCCUGUGCCCUGGACCCCUGCGAGCCCCCGGGCACGUGUGCCCGCCGGCCGGGCACGGCCCCCGGCUACACCUGCCACUGCCCCUCGGGCACCUUCGGCACCCUGUGCCAGCACCGGGAGGCCCAGCCGUGCCCACGGGGGUGGUGGGGACACCCCACGUGUGGCCCCUGCAGCUGUGAUGCCUCGAGGGGCUUCGACCCCGACUGCAACAAGACCACGGGCGAGUGUCACUGCAAGGACAACCACUACCGUCCCGCGGGCAGUGACACGUGCCAGCCGUGCGAGUGCUACCCCACGGGAUCGCUGUCGCGGCGCUGCGAUGCCACCAGCGGGCAGUGCCUCUGCAAGGCAGGGGUCAUCGGCCGCCACUGCGACCGCUGUGACAACCCCUUCGCCGAGGUGACAGCGGGCGGCUGCGAAGUGAACUAUGACAGCUGUCCCCGGACCAUCGAGGCCAACAUCUGGUGGCCCCGCACCCGGUUUGGGCUCCCAGCAGCCGCACCCUGUCCCAAGGGCUCCGUGGGUACGGCCCUGCGCCAUUGCGACGAGCACAAGGGGUGGCUACCCCCCAACCUCUUCAACUGCAGUGCCCUGGCCUUCGCCGCCUUGCGCCCCUGGGCAGAGCAGUUGGUGGGCAACGAGUCGCGCUGGGACGCAGGGCAGUCGCGCCGGGUGGCGCUGGCGCUGCGCGAGGCCACGCGUGGAACCCGCGGGUACUUCGGCAGCGACGUGCGCCUGGCAUACCGCCUGGCAGGGGCUCUGCUGCGCCACGAGAGCCGCCAGCGCGGCUUCCGCCUCGCCGCCACGCAAGACGUGCACUUCACCGAGAACCUGCUACGGGUGGGCAGUGCCCUGCUGGACGUGGACAACAAGCGGCACUGGGAGCUGAUCCAGCAGACGGAGGGGGGCACGGCCCAGCUGCUGCGGCACUUCGAGGAGUACGCGCGGGCCCUGGCACGGAACAUGCCCCAGACCUACCUGAGCCCCUUCACCAUCGUCACCCCCAACAUCGUGGUGUCGGUGGUGCGGCUAGACAAGAGCAGCCCAGCGGGUGCCCGCCUGCCCCGCUACGAGGCCCUGCGGGGGGAGAAGCCCUCAGACCUGGAGACCACCGUCAUCCUGCCCGACAGCGUCUUCUGGUCCCCUGAGGGCAGGCGCCCCUCCAGCGGGCACGGGCAGGCCCUGCCGGGCACGGGCGGGCAGGAGAAGGAAGAGGAGGAGGAGGAAGAGGCCGAAGAGGAGGAGGAGGAGGAGGAGGACGGAGAGGUGACCGUGGUGACCCGGCACAGGCGACACCCGGCCCUUGGCGAGGGCCAGGCAAUCGCCAGCGUCAUCAUCUACCGCACCCUGGCAGGGCUCCUCCCGCCACGCUUCGACAGCGACAAGCGCAGCCUCCGGGUGCCCAAGCGCCCCGUUAUCAACACACCCGUGGUCAGCAUCAGUGUCCACGCGGGGGGCACGGCGGGCACAGGCACCCCCCGGGAACUGGUCAAGCCUGUCACCCUCCAGUUCCGGCUCCUGGAGACGCAGGAACGCUCCAAGCCCAUCUGCGUGUUCUGGAACCACUCCCUGCGGACGGGUGGUGCAGGGGGUUGGUCGGCGCGGGGCUGCGAGGUCGCCUUCAGGAACCGGAGCCACGUGAGCUGCCAGUGUCACCACCUGACCAGCUUCGCCGUCCUCAUGGACAUAUCCCGCCGGGAGAACGGGGAGGUGCUGCCCCUGGCGGCCCUGACCUACGGCUCUCUGGGGGUGGCCCUGGCGGGGCUGGUCCUGGUGGUGCUGGCCCUGGGCACACUGCGGGGGCUGCACUCCAACCGCCACAGCAUCCGGCGGCACGGCGCCGCCGCCCUACUUCUGGCACAGCUCGUGUUCCUGCUCGGCAUCAACCAGGCCGAGCUCCCGCUGGCCUGCACGGUGGUGGCCAUCCUGCUGCAGUUCCUGUACCUGGGGGCGGUGGGCUGGGGGCUGCUGGAGGCCCUUCACCUGUACCGGCGCCGCAGCGAGCCCCGCAGCGUGGACAGGGGGCCCAUGCGCUUCUACCACGUGCUGGGCUGGGGGCUGCCUGCCUUCAUCACCGGCCUGGCUGUGGGGUUGGACCCCGAGGGUUACGGGACCCCCGAGUUCUGCUGGCUGGCCCUGCACGAUCCCCUCGUGUGGAGCUUGGCUGGCCCCGCCGCCGCUGCCCUCGCCGUCGGCAUCUUCUUCCUGGUGCUGGCAGGCAGGGCUGCGUGCACCACCCCACAGGGCUUCCAGAAGAAGGGCUCGGCGUCGGGAGUCCGCACAGCGGCCGUGCUCCUGGCUGUGCCCAGCCUGGCCUGGCUGCUGGCCCUGCUGUCGGUGAACAGUGAUGCCCUGCUGUGCCACUACCUGUUUGCUGCCUCCAACUGCCUCCAGGGGCCCCUCAUGUUCCUGUCCUGUGUGGUGCUGAGCAAGGAGGUGCGGAGGAGCCUCCACCUGAGCUGUGCCCGCCGCCACCACCCCCCACUGGCCACCAAGGCCACCCUGACACCCGCGUACAGCGGGGACAGCACAUACGUGGCAGGGCCGCUGUGCCCCCCCCCGGGUGGGGGGUCCUCGGGGUCAUUACACAGCACAGCCCGGUCAGGCAAGAGCCAUCACAGCUACAUCCCCUUCGUCAGGAGGGAGGACUCGGGGCUGGCGGGCAGCCCGGGGCCGCUGCCCGAGCCCGGGGGACUCUUCUUCGACGCGCAGGAGCAGCCCGAGGAGCACGACACGGACUCGGACAGUGACCUGUCCCUGGACGACCCGAGUGGCUCCUACGGCUCCACCCACUCGUCGGACAGCGACGACGAGCCCCCCCCCUGCUGGGACUCCCUGCCUGGGGCUCCCCCGGCCCCCCCCGGCCCCGGUGGCCCCCGGAUGCCCCCGGGGUGCCCGUACUGGCCCGGGGAGUUCGUGACGACGGCGAGCGAGAGCGAGGGCAUGGCGGGCACCGAGGGGUUGCGGGUGCAGCCGGCAGGGGGGGCAGGGGGACCCCCCCGGGGAGACCCUCCCAGGCCCAACGGGGAGGCCCUGCCCAGGGAACCCCUGCUGCUGCCCCUGCCCCACCCACACAAAGGGAUCCUGAAGAAGAAGUGCCUGCCCCCCAUCAGCGAGCGGGGGGGCAGUGCCCAGCGCCCCGGGCCCCCCCUGCCGCCCCCUGCGGGCACGGCCACCUCGUCAGGCAGUGACGGGGGUGCCCCCCUGGCCCCCCGGGCCCGGCAGAGCCUCGAGGAGCAGCUGAGCGGCCUCACCCCCAUUUCCAUGAGCAUCCGCGCGGGCACUGCUGAUGAGGACUCCUCUGGCUCUGAAUUUCUGUUCUUUAAUUUUCUCCAUUAACUCAUG